UCGAACGUCGGCCUAGCAGUUAAGUAGGCCAUGGUUUAGGCGUUUAGCCCACACCACACACACAACUCAACCAACGUUUCAACUUUCAAUUGCGUUUUUUAUAUUCAUAUUUUAACGUAGUUUCAUGGUAGUUUGAACUUCAGAGGAUUGUGUUGCAUUCAGAGUUUGCCGGAAUUUCAUUUUCUAUGAUAAAUUGGAGUUAGACAUUGAGCAUUCUUUCUGGUGUGUGAAGAAUUUUUUGCGUGUCUUAAGUGCUAGCUGGUGCUAAAUUUUAGCCAGCAAGUUUUACUGAAGAUGGAGGACGUCUGCGACUUACCCUUCAAUCCAGAUGAAAUUUUCACAGUGGAAACCUUAGACGACACAGAAAUACUUAUAGACCGUACUCUGUGUUUGUUAAUCCAUGGACAGGAGAACCCAGAUGAGGUGUUGAAUGGUGACGUGUUGUUGGAAUUGGAGAGCUUCCUGUUUGAUGGCAAUUCAGCAGAGAGUACAAAAGGAGAUUUGUAUCAGGAUCCCCCAAUUGGGCAGACGGUCCCUGCAAUUGGACUUGAAGAAAUUGAAUUUGAAGAAUCGAAUUUGGGUUUGAAUCUCGAUGUGGAUCUCCAAUAUGUACCGACUUUCUCGGAAAGUGUUGACGGUGAUGAGGAUGUGUUCUCCAAGUACGAUUACCGUGACCUUGUCAACAUUCAACAAUUGGAUUUUGAGCUCUUUGAAGCACAACGUCAGAAAGGUCCUACAUUUGAUGACGUUUUAGUCGAGGAUGGCGUUGACCAAGAGUCGAACAUGCAAACCAGUCAUUUGCUUGAAGCGAUAAAAGCCAAUAUCGAAUAUACGGAUGCACUGAAAACCUAUUUAGGAGAACUUUACGAGCGAAAAUUUGAACUAGAAAAACGACAAAAUGUUUUGAAAGAGGAGAUUCUAAAUCUCAAAGCAAGUCAAGAUGAGCAAAGGAAGUCUGUCUCUGUCAAGCGGAAGGCCAAGGAAGAAGUGGUUGCAAAUUCAUCGCGAGGGAAAGAAAUAGCACCGGAGUGGAAGGAAAGCAAGCCACGUGGACGUCGAAUGAAGACAAAAACAGCUAUUGAUGAUGUGGAAACCCUGGAGCGCUACGAGGAUCGCGAGCGACGACGCGAGGAGUUGAAAGCCGAGAAACGGGAGAUGAAGAUGGAAGAACGUCGACGUGAGCUAGAAUCGUGGGGCGACCAGUGUAGCCCCACUGAAGACCUUUCUUUCAUGGAUCACAAGCCUUUACCCGACAUUCCGCGCAUCACCAACCUCAAGCUGGCCGGACAGGCCCUGGCAGACAUCCUGAUGGUCUACGAGUUCCUUCACACGUUCGGCGAAACGCUGGGCUUUGACAUGGAGAGUCUGCCGUCGCUGGACUGUCUCCAGAGAGCCCUGCUCUACGACAGCGAAGCCGAGGAGGAACUGCUUUUGGUCAUGACACACUUGCUGGUUUAUUGCGUUGAAGAUCCGGGCAUUCCGCAUCCCAACAUUUACACGACCCUUUUGGGACAGAUGCUGAAGCAGACCGACAUUACGACGACCAACGUUAGCGAGAUAUUGGGCAUCUACUUGGAAGCCAACGGAUUGGGCGACGUGAAAAUGCCGGCCUCUGACAAGAUCACGUCCAGCCCUCUGAAGCUGGCCGCCGGUGAAUACCCCGACACGGAGGCCUUCCUCAUGUCCGAGUGGCUUAAACGCAAGCCUUUCCUUUCACUCAAUCCCACCCAAAAGGCGGCCAUUUUGGGAUUUAUGGUCAACGAAUUACUCCAGAACAAGGCCGUCAUUGGUCAAAUCGAAGGUGCCAUCGAGGUUCAGAACACGGCCAAUAGAGAUCACUGGAUCGUGGACAUGAAAAUCGAGAAGCUCAAAACGCUUCAUUCUAAAAAGCAUCGCAUUCCGGAAGAGGCGGAUGCAGACAGUGGGGGUGAAGCCGACGACAAUGCAGAUCAAGGCGAUGAGGGUGAAGAGGAAAAUCUUCCUGUGGAGGAGUUGAAACGGAAGAUUGAACGUUUAGGCCGGCAAAGUGCCCAAAUGUUGACUCAGUUAGCCUUGUCCGAUUUGCAAUUGCGAGCGCUCAAUAUGGGCCAGGAUCGCUUCCGGCGACGUUUGUGGAUCUUGCCGCACGCUGGCGGCGUCUACCUCGAAGCUCUAGAGUCCGGAGAAGCCAACGCCGGGCUACUGGGCACCUGGGACGGCAAACCCGCCCCUCCAAUCGGCCCUCAGCGCAACGGCGACGAGCCCAUGCCGGAAUUCCCACCAGUCAAAAGCGAGCCGAUCUCUGAUGAGCCUAAACCGACUCUGCCUGUGCCAAAAAUUGAACCAGAAGAUAAAGAAACUCCUAGUCUUCAGGAACCAAUGGAAGUGGACCAACCGGCCGUUAAAACGGAGUUGGUCGAAGAAGCAACGACGGCCACCGCUGUCAAGAGUGAAGAAAACAAGGGAAUGAUACCAGUCACAGCCGAGGUCGUUCUGAAAAAGGAAGAAGGGGCACAGGAAGCUCUUCCGGCUCUGUGGUUCAGCCUCUUCCCCCACAGUCCAUGCGAUGGCCAUUCAUCCGCCAACCAGGGCAAGGAUCGUUUCGGCUCGGACGCCGAAGACGAAGGUGAAGGUCGUGUCUCAAAGAAAGAAGAAGCGGCCAAGGAAGAGGCUGAGGAAAUUAUAAUGCAACCUAUUCCGGAAGAAAUGACCCGUGGCUGGUGGCGGAUCGUCGAUCCGGAACAAGUCAAAACUUACGUCGAAUCGCUACAUCCUCGAGGCGUUCGCGAGAAGGAGCUCAGCUGGAUGUUGACACGAUUUAUGGACUUAGCUCGCGAAUCGUGUUUGAAGGGCAAUCCCGAACAUUUGCUGCUGAAGGAACUGCGCAACGCCGACGAGGUCAAACUGGUGGGCGGAGCCGCUUUGCCGGAUGCGGAAGGUUCGUGGUCGAGAGAGACGUCUCUGCGGGGUGACAUUCUCCUGCUGGAACAGAUCGAAGCCCUGGAAGAUCGCGUGGCCUCUGCCAGCAUGCAAGUCAAAGGGAAACGCUGGAAAUUGCCCGCCCGGGCCACUUCUGAGAUGAAUUUGAAAAUCCGCACGCCCGGAGACACGUCGUCUGAUGAUGACGAUGACGAAGACGAAAGAGUUAACCCCAUACAGCUGGCCAAAGAAAGGCUGUUGAGCGUCGAACUGGCCAUCGAACGUCGUUACCUGAAAGCUCCUCUCGGUCAGAGCAAAAGCGAUCUGGUUCAGAGCGUCCUGUCCGGCUCUUGCCCGUCCAGCGAGCCGCCCAAAGCCCUGCUGACAUGGCGAGAGGCCGUCAAACGCUGCGAAACGGCCGCCCAGGUCUCCAUGUGCUUUUACGUUCUGGAAACAUCCGUGGCCUGGGACAAAUCGAUCGUGAAGGCCAGCUGCCAAUUUUGCCACAGUGGCGAUAAAGAGGACCAACUGUUGUUAUGCGACGGAUGUAACAAAGGUUACCAUACCUACUGCUUCCGGCCACCCAUGGAUAACAUCCCAGUUGGCGACUGGUUCUGUUACGAGUGCCGUAACAAAGCUACCAUAAAGAUGCUACCCUAAAAAUGCCAAAGCCCACUAUUGUCUCUCCGUCUUCCCUUUAUACUUAAAAAAAGACACAUGUAAAAGACACGUGACGUUUGUAUUUAAAAAAUUUGCCCACCAAGUGAGCAUCACUUGCCAUAAUUUAUUUGUCCCAUGCAUUUAAAUUUUACAUUCGCAUCCUGACCAAACUCACACCCUUUCGGAAAAUACGGUUAUGCGUAUCUAUAUACGCAAUGCAAACACUAUUCGUUCUUCUUUAUUCGAUUUGCUUGUAUUUUUGUAUGUAUUUUCGUCUUGACAUCUUUCAUUCAAAAAUUUCUUUAAAAUGUUAACAGUUUUCGAAAUGUUCUCUUGUCUGAUAAAUAAUCAAAAUAU